UUGCAGACACUGAGCCUCUUGAUUAGCCUGUCUUAAUGCACACUUAGCAUCAGCCUUUGGAAGUGCAAGGGAGUGUGGCAAGUCCUCGCAUGUGGCAGCAGGAUCAGCAGUGUUAGCCAGCACUUGGGAUUGCUUGUCUGGACUACAGGUAUGGAAACUGGCUUGGCGUGUCAGCUCUGGAUGGGUGAGACUUCUGCAGCCGAGUCACAGGGGAUGUGGGCUGAACGAGGUCCUUCCCCUGGUGCUGUGCUUUGCCCUUCUGCUGAAGUCCAUCAAGCACCAAGAGCUGAAUUUCAGUGGGGCAGUCCAGCUGGGAAAUGUGGUGCUGACUCUUAAGCACUUCUCCUGAAGGCGAAGUGGGUCCUGAGCAGGAUGCAGCAGCCAGCGACUGGUGAUAGGAGCACAGCCAUUCCCUCACCACGUCCAUCUCAGGCCAGCUUUGAUGCUGACUCAUACUAUGCACGCCGCUGCAUCACUGAGGACCCCAACUGGUCCCUUGUCACUGUCCCUCACCUCACUGAGCUCUGCCUCCAGCACAUUGUUCACAAUUUUGAAAAGAACCCUAUUUUGAACUAUCUUCUGCCUGAACACCAAAGGAAGGUACUGGACAGACUCUCCACUGGCCUUCCACUCGCUGUGACUGCCAACCUAGUAAGCGAUGAGGAGUACUGGAAGAGGUGCUGUACUGAGCGGUGGCAACUGUGUGAUGUCUCCAACUAUGGAGACAGCUGGAAACGGAUGUUCUUUGAACGUCACCUGGAGAACAUCCUGAAAUGUUUCAUCCCUAACACCACAGACCCCAACCAGGUCCUAGAGCUCAUCCCGCUCUGCAAAGGCUAUGUGCGGAAACUGGAGAUCGAUCAGUUCCUGCCACCAGUGAAGGUGGAUCAAAAAGAGGAGAGGGAUGACCUCUCUGAUACAGGGAGUGACUUUGAAUCUGGUGAGGUCUCCGUGCAACAUUACGACCUGAAAGAUCUCAUUACUGCUCUCCCUCACCUUGAAGAGCUUCAUCUUACUUAUGGCGUGAAGGACUGUGGCAUGAACUUUGAGUGGAACCUCUUUAACUUCACCAACCAGGACUGCUCCAAUUUGGCUGCUGCCGUGAAGAUGUGCCACAACCUGAAAGUUUUCAAGCUGACACGAAGCAAUGUGGAUGAUGAAAAAACCAAGCUGCUGGCCCGUAGCUUGGUGGAUCACCCCUGCUUGGUGGAGCUGAAUUUGUCCCAUAAUCUCAUCAGGGACAAGGGGGCACAAGCUCUUGGCAAGCUGAUCAGUCGCAGCAGAUUAGAAAUCCUUGAUCUGUGUAACAACCAGAUCCAUCACCUGGGGGCUCAGGCUCUUGCUCAAGCCCUGGCUGAGAAGUCCACCCUGACCUCACUGAAUCUGCGCCUCAACUGCGUGGAGGACAAAGGCGGGGAGGCGAUUGGCCGUGCCCUGUUGACCAACACCACCCUGAAGUCCAUCCAUCUGGGAAGUAAUAACCUGUCAGAGCCAACUGCUACACUUUUCUCCCAGGUCCUGGCUCAGAACACCACCCUGAGGAGCAUCAACUUUUCAUGCAACCACCUGGGGCUGGAUGGUGGGAAGCAGCUGCUUGCAGGGCUGGCAGACAACAAGACUUUGACUGAGCUUGACCUCCGCCGGGCAGAGGUGGACCAGGAGGCUGAGUACUUCAUUCACCAAAUUGUGUGGGCCAAUAGGGAAGCAGUGAGGCUGCAGCACCCCAUCGCCAAGCCCCCCUGAAUAAAAUGCUCCAGCACAAGGAGCUUGGGAGGUACAGUGUUGGAGAUACUUUUCUU